CCUGGGAUUAGCCCUCUUCCAGGUCCGACCACAGAAAGCUCCGCUUUCAAGCCGGGGUUUUGAAGUUUAGGAUCUGGUCUCUAUGAGAAUCUCCGGAGGCCGUGUCCUCAGUUUUAAGUUUCAUCCAAUGAAGAACCUGAAGGAGGGGCUGGGAGGCGGGUCAGUAACGUAAUGCAGAUUGAUUGGCAUUCGGGCCAUCGAAGUCCUGAAUUAGCCCGGAGCUUCGCCAAUCCAGAGGCAGGGUGGGACAGUGCAGGCGCAGAGGCUUGGGUUUGGCUGUGCUCGAUUUAAAGAGACAGAAGCUGUCGGGGUCCUAGAACACGGUCCCUACGACCCUCCCCCCAGUCCCUGGGACUACUUGGGUCCCCGGAGCUGGGAAGAUGGUUUGCGGAGGCUUUGCCUGCUCCAAGAAUGCGCUGUGCGCCCUCAACGUGGUCUACAUGCUGGUGGGCUUAUUGCUCAUUGGAGUGGCUGCUUGGGGUAAGGGCCUGGGUCUGGUGCCCAGCAUCCACAUCAUAGGGGGAGUCAUUGUUGUGGGAGUCUUCCUUCUCUUCAUCGCGGUGGCUGGACUGGUGGGUGCUGUCUACCACCACCAAGUUCUGCUCUUCUUUUACAUGAUUAUCCUUGGUUUGGUCUUCAUCUUCCAGUUUGGAAUCUCUUGCUCAUGUCUGGCUAUUAACAGAAGCAAACAGACAGAUGUCAUCAAUGCUUCUUGGUGGGUCAUGAGCAACAAGACCCGGGAUGAACUGGAAAGAAGUUUUGAUUGUUGUGGCUUGUUCAACCUCACACACCAAUAUCAACAAGACUAUACUUUGUGCACUGCAAUCUGCAAGAGCCGAAGCCCCACAUGCCAGAUGUGUGGAGAAAAGUUUCUUAAGCAUUCAGAUGAAGCCCUGAAAAUCCUGGGGGGUGUUGGACUCUUCUUCAGUUUUACAGAGAUCCUUGGUGUUUGGUUAGCGAUGAGAUUUCGGAAUCAGAAGGAUCCUCGGGCCAACCCCAGUGCCUUUCUAUGAGACUUUGGAUCCUUCUGACUUCUCUCCUGCUCUCCUAAGCUGCUUCUUCCUCUUUUUUUUUUUUAGAAAAAGGAAAGGCCCUUUGCAACAUCCUAAAACAGGGUGAACAGCUAAGUUUUAAACUUUGGCAUGUUUUGGUCGGAGCAAGAUUAUAGGGAACAGGAAGAAAAACUUGCCCUCUCCCUAAGUGGAUGCGGGAAACUCCUGGGAGUGCAUGAGAUGGGGCUAGAGUCAUUCCUGGCUCUGUUUCCCCUCUUCCCCCUUCCACAUGCUGGACCACCUCAGCACAUCCUGGCCUGACUCCAGGGGUAAAUCAGGGACAAAGCCAGAGAAAAAAACCAAGAAUUUUUUUCUUAUAAUCAGCAAGACUCAGUGUGAGGCAGUUUAGUGGAAAUCAAAAUAAAAGUCAUUUUACCCCAUAUUCAAAAAAGCAACAUGUUGCUUUCUUCUCUCUGCUAUCCAAGGAGCUCCACUGACUGCUAGGCCCUGUGACUUAAAGAAAGUCUUUGAGGUCCUGCAAGGAAGCUCCUUCUUCCAAGUGGUUUUUCCAAACCCCCUAAUGGCAAAGCCAGUCUGAGAAACAUUAAAAAAAAAAAAAAAAAGACCA